AUGCCGGAAGAACGUGCAACCAUAUCUCAGAUCCCUUCUACAGUUGGACCGUCAUCAGCUUCAGAGACAGCCACCCCUCCAGCACCAUCACAAAUAAGCAAACUCAAACACAAAAAGUCCUUAUUUUCACUUAAUAGUCGCAGCAAUAGCGGUAGUAGUAUUUCCAACACUAACAAUAGUUCUACUAGCGGAUUUGGGAAAUUUCGGGUCCGUUCACAUCCGCAAGAUCGUCAGCGUCAACAUCAAACGGCGGUUUCAACAGGUUUAAAGACUCCUGUAACUCCCUCAGUCAAUACGAAUACCAAUAGUGAGACUAGUGGAACUAGUUCGGUUGGUUUUUUCCGUCGAGUAUCAGCACUUUUCUCUAAGAUCAGAGCCAUAUCUGACGAGGUAUUCGCAUCCGACGAAUUAUUGGAAGAACUUUUUAGUGAUUCCUGUUCCACUAGUUAUACAACAAAAGAUACCUUUACACCAGAAACAACAACGGUGGAAUUAGGAAACAAAACGGCAAAACCUCCUAUGUAUAAGCUUUCAUCCGGAUCAUCAUCAGGUAGGGGUACGACCACUUUAAAUAGUAAAUCUGCUGAACUUGAAUCGAUCAUAGAAGAUAUUCUUAAGCAGUAUCAACGAAUAACGCCUAUAUCCGGGCAAGAUUCAGAAAGAGAUGAUGGAAUACGAACCUUGGUUGAAGUCUCAGAUAAUGGAGGUCCAUUGUUGGAUAUUUAUGAUGUUGAUUUCAAUCUAUUACGAGAUGAGCUAAUCAAAAGAUUAGGUAAAGAUGCAUCGGAUAUAGACGUAGGAGAACUCAUAUGGGAGUAUAGGAGGAAUAAAUGGUUAACUCCAACCAAAAAAGAACAAGAAAUCAAAUCCCAUUUAAGUGAAAAUACCUUAGGUCCCGUUGCAAAAGAUUCGUAUGCAAAAAUAUAUAAUCAUUUGGUAAGAAAGAAUAGUCCCUUGCGGAAGGGUAAAUCCAUUAAUCUUCCUGAUUUGUUGGCCAUUGUUAAUGCUGGUUGGAUUGUGGAAGAAAAAUAUGAGCGUGCUGCUAAUGGGUUACCGUAG